AUGACCUCGACUUGUGCGGAAGAGCCUCGGGAGCGCAGGACGUUGCGGAGGUCGAGGUUUGGUUGCCGGAAUUGCAAGCUUCGGAAACUCAAAUGCGACCAAGGGAGACCGGGUUGCAAGAGAUGUGUCUCGUUCGGCGUGCUAUGCAACUUCUUGUCCUCCAGCGUGCCCGACCUGCAGCCCAUCGCCGCCGACACUGGGGGCCCGUUGGAGGUUGAGGUUCGAGGACGGACGGGGAUCCGGCCGCCGCUCAGCAACGCCGUCUGGACGUCGGACGCAACGGCAUCUUUUCAACUGAAUUCCAAAUGUCAAGAUUUCAUAACACGUUACCUCGGACGGAGUCUCCUCAGUUCCGACGACCCUAGCAUGGCACAGGUCAACCGUAGGCUGUUGGAACUCGCCUUUACUUACCCCUAUCUGAUGCACGCCUCCCUGGCCGUGGCAUUCACCUAUGACCGCUAUCUGAACAGCCCCUCGAGCUGUCGCCGCACCCAGGAGGAGUGUUUCCACUGGUCCCAGAGCACCGUCCUCUUCAACAGGCGGCUGAGGCAGCCCAUCGAGGCCAAGGACAAGGACAGGGACCCCAUCUGGGGCACCGCCGCCGCCCUGGCCCUGCUGUCCUUCUCGUCCCCCGACGCGUCCGCGCCCGAGCAGGCGUGGCCGAUGAGGCCGUCCGGCGCCUCCGACCUCGAAUGGCUGCGCAUGAGCAAGGGUAAGAUGUCGCUGUGGCACACGGUCAACCCGCUGCGGCCGGACAGCCUCUUCUGCGUCAUGGCGGCCACCUACGCCCACAUGCACGCGCCGCUGCCCGAGGAGGGCGUCGGCGGCGUGCCGGCGGCCCUGGCUGCCGUGUGCGGCCUCACGGACGCGUCGUCCGCGGCGGAGGGGAACCCGUACUUCCACGCCGCCCACGCCGUGUCCCGGAUCCUCGACCUGCCGGACCGCGAGGUCACGACGGGCCACACCCAGCUCUUCAUGCAGACCAUCCGCGGCGCUUUCAAGGACCUGCUCGUGGAAAGGGAUCCCGCGGCGCUGCUGCUGUUCUAUCUGUGGUACCGCGCAACGAGCCGCGCCAUAUGGUGGAUCGACCUCCGGGCCAGGGUGGAGUGUUCGUCCAUCUGCUUAUACCUGCGCCUCUAUCAUGGGGCCAACGGUGCUAUCCAGGCGUUCCUCCCGGGAGGAGCUCUGGCUGAAAAGUGGGAUCAGGCAAGCUUUUGAGGCCUUUUUUUAUGCCUCCUCCUUGGAGAGUUGGUGACAUGGGGCACUGCAUCAGUGACCUGUAAUUGUAUUUCAUGUCUUUUCGUUUCUUUGACUGUACGUCAUGAGUCCAAAGACGGGGAAAAGACUGGUUCAUGAACAAUGUCAGGGUCUGGUCUGGUCUGGUCUGGUCUUCGUGGUGUUUAUCCAAAAUCGGCAUGAUACUAUCCCCGCUGGGAGAGAGCUUAUAACUGAAAUCGCUUUCUGUACCGCAGCCAAUCCAGGGAAACAUCCAUAAACCACCGUCCACGGCUCUUCCAAGACUACCCAGACACCCCUGCCCACAA